AUGGCCACCACAAUCGCGAUUGAUGCGACUCAUCCACAGCUCUCUGGUUCUGGUCAACUAGCGUGCAUUCCCAGUGUCUUCUCCAUAUACUCAAGCCAGCCUAAAUUGGCCGACAGUACACGUGGCACUAAAGGUUUCUCUCCAGCUAACCUCAGCCGGAUUCUCGCUAUGCCCAUAGAUGUCAACGAGUUAUCGAACCGUUCGUUGUACGGACAAGCUCUCGAUUUGGUUGAUGUCAUGUUGCCUUAA